GAUGGUAACGGAGUGUUGUAUGUCCCACUGUCACUCAGAAAACAUCAGACACAGGUAGCAUGUCAAAACUCUACGAUUUCAACUGGCAAAAGCCUAUUCCAGACUUUAUGCAAGAUGGAGCAUAUUUUGACAGAUUUGAUGAGGAUCCAUUUGUAUUUGAACCCAACUGCUUCUUCAAAGUUGAUGCCUUUGGAUUCUUCCUCACAUGGAAGAGUGAAGGAAAAGAGGGCCAGGUUUUGGAAUGUUCCUUGAUCAACAGUAUUCGUAAUACACCCGUGCCUAAGGAUCCAAAGGUUCUGUCCUUGCUCGAGGCCACAGGAAAAAGUGAAAGUGACUUGGAGGGCAGAAUCGUCUGCAUAUGCAGCGGCACCGACCUGGUCAACCUCAGCUUCAUGUAUAUGGUCGCGCAAAACAUUACCGCUGCCAAGCGGUGGACUGAAGCCUUGCGGUCACUGAUUCACAACUCCAGAGCAAACAGCGUGUGCCCAAUGACCUGUUUAAGGAAACACUGGAUGAGACUGUCAUUUCUGACCAAUGUGAAUGGAAAAAUACCUGUGAGAAGCAUUACAAGAACUUUUGCCUCAGGCAAGACAGAAAAGGGUAUAUUCCAGGCUUUGAAGGAUCUCGGUUUGCCCAGCGGGAAGAAUGAUGAUAUCGAGCAUGCGGUAUUUACCUUUGAUAAGUUCUACGCACUUACCCAGAAGAUUUGCCCUAGAACUGACAUUGAGGAGCUCUUCAAAAAACUCGUUGGAGAGAAAAAUGAUAAUUUAAAUGUAGACCAGUUUAUCAGCUUUUUGAAUGAAAAUCAGCGGGACUCCCGUCUGAAUGAGAUCUUGUUUCCGUUCUAUGACGCCAAGCGGGCCAUGCAGAUUAUAGAGACGUAUGAACCUGAUGAGAGGCUGAGGAAGAAAGGCCUGAUGUCCUGUGAUGGUUUUUGUCGGUAUCUGAUGUCUGAUGAGAAUGCCCCCGUGUUUCUGGACCGCCUAGAGGUGUACCAGGACAUGGAUCAACCUCUGGCCCACUAUUUCAUCAGCUCCUCUCACAACACGUAUUUGACUGGGAGGCAGUUUGGAGGGAAGUCAUCUGUGGAGAUGUAUCGCCAGGUGCUCUUGUCAGGCUGCAGGUGUGUGGAAUUAGACUGCUGGGAUGGGAAAGGAGAGGACCAAGAACCGAUUGUAACACAUGGUAAAGCCAUGUGCACAGACAUUCUGUUCAAGGAUGUCAUUCAGGCCAUCAAAGAAACAGCAUUUGUGUCAUCGGAAUAUCCUGUAAUUCUGUCAUUUGAGAACCAUUGCACGAGGCACCAGCAAUAUAAACUCGCUCGAUACUGUGAGGACAUUUUUGGAGAUAUGCUCCUUAAACAGCCAUUAGAGGACUAUCCGAUGGAGCCUGGACGGCCAUUGCCUUCCCCCAAGGUCCUUAAGGGAAAAAUUCUUAUCAAAAACAGAAGAUUAAAGCCCGAAGUUGAAAAGAAACAGCUUGAGCACUUUAAAAAGCACAUGGAGGCUGGCACUACCACAGCUAUAUUAGAGGAUGAAAUUGACGAGGAAAUGGGAGCUGAUGUUGUGGAUGAGGCUCACCCAGAACGAAUCCAUGGAUGUGUUAUUGAUCAACUGUACAGCGGUGACAGAGAUCCGAUCAAAGCCAGAAAGGGAACUGAAGAUGACAUCGCUGAGGUGGCAGGCACAACAGACCUAAGACAGGUGUCUGAGGCCCCUUAUCAGGAUAAUGGAAAAAAGGCAGCCGAGGCAAGUUUGACUACUGAGGAAGCUUUGAUUAAGUCUUACCAAUAUGUCGCUGCCACAACAAACAUCCACCCAUACCUCUCUAACAUGGUCAACUAUGCUCAGGCUGUCAAGUUCAUGGGAUUUGAAGAAGCUGAAGAGAAGAACAUUCACCACAACAUGUCAUCAUUCAAUGAAUCACUGGGGCUGGGUUACUUAAGGACCAAUGCUAUUGAAUUCGUAAACUACAACAAGCGGCAGAUGAGUCGGAUCUACCCCAGAGGAGGCCGUGUGGACUCCAGUAAUUAUAUGCCUCAGAUCUUCUGGAACGCUGGCUGCCAGAUGGUAGCUCUGAACUUUCAGACCCCAGAUCUGGCUAUGCAGCUCAACCAGGGGAAGUUUGAAUACAAUGGAGCUUGUGGGUAUCUGCUAAAGCCAGAUUUCAUGCGUAGGCCUGAUCGCACGUUUGAUCCUUUCUCUGAAACUCCCGUGGAUGGGGUAAUUGCAGCUACUUGUAGCGUUCAGGUGUUCUCAGGUCAGUUUUUGUCAGAUAAGAAGAUUGGCACGUACGUGGAAGUGGAUAUGUAUGGACUACCCACAGACACAAUUCGCAAAGAGUUCCGAACAAAAAUGGUGAUGAACAAUGGACUCAACCCUGUGUAUAAUCCCGAGCCCUUUGUGUUUAGAAAGGUAAUCCUGCCGGACCUGGCGGUACUGAGAAUUGCGGUGUAUGAUGACAGCAAUAAGCUGAUUGGUCAGAGAAUUCUCCCACUGGACGGUCUGCAGACUGGGUACAGACACAUCUCCCUGCGAAAUGAGGGCAACAAACCCCUCUCCCUGGCCACUGUCUUUUGCAACAUCAUCCUCAAAACAUAUGUGCCUGAUGGAUUUGGAGCUAUUGUGGAUGCACUGUCUGAUCCCAAAAAGUUUUUAUCCAUCUCUGACAAGAGAGCUGACCAAAUGCGCGCCCUGGGCAUCGAGACGUGGGAGAUUGCUGAUGUGCCAACUGACAGUCCAAAAAGGAGCAAGAAAGGAAAAUUGAAUCACGUGAGAACUGCAGAGAACUCAACAUCAAGGCACAGUACCAGCGGCUCUUCACAUGCAGGUAUUGAAGCUGUAGAUGUGUCUGCCCUUGUGCCUCAAGUCAGUGUUGAAGACUUAAUGGAAAUGAAGACCUAUUUGAAACUUGUGAAGAAGCAACAUAAAGAGCUAAAUGCAUUGAGGAAAAACCAUGCUAAGGAACUCACAGCAAUGCAGAAGACUCACUGCAGCCAAGUGGACAAGAUUGUUAAAGAGUAUGAGAAAGAAAAACGUACUUUAGAGAAACAGCUGAAGAAAGCAAUCAAGAAAAGAGGUGAAGCUAACUGCUGUGAAAUGCAGAGGGAGGCUGAAAUGAAAAUCAAGACUAUGACUGCAGACAAUAAAACAAAGGUGAGGAAUAUGAUUGCUGCUCAUGCGGUGGAGUGGUCUGACAUGAUGAAGGGCCAGACGACUGAGACUGAAGAACUGAAGGAGAAACAUGUGAUUCAACUGUGUGAUCACCUCAAAAAGCUACUCCUCAUGAUACAAGAACAACAGACACGACAGCUCACGCUCAUCCAUGACCGAGAGAAUGAGGAGAUGCGGACUAGGCAGGCUAAGCUGUCCAUGGAAAACAGUAAAGCUAUCAGUCAAGACAAGAGCAUCAAAAACAAGGCUGAAAGAGAGAGGAGAGUCCGGGAGUUAAAUAGCAGCAACAUAAGAAAGUUUCUUCUUGAGAGAAAAAGGCUUGUCAUGAAACGGACAGAGGAGAUUGAACAGCUGCAAAAAGCUCAGCAUGAGCAGCUGGAAAAACUGGAGAAAUAUAAUGAAGAGCUUUUGAAAUCAUACCAUUUAAAAUCUCAAUUCCAAGGUGAUGCAGCGUGUGGAAGUGUUGCAGAGGAAGAUGGACUAACGGCCAGUCACAGUGAAGCGGCAAACCUUUUUACAAAGUGAACCAGAAGCACUGCUAUACAUAUAAAUGUAUUUUUCCAGCUAGAUAUGGGGUUAAAAAGCUUAUUUAAAACUCUAAUGGCACAUGGUAGGAAAACCUGAGGGUAUGCCAAUUUAUAGAAACUUUUCUCGAGCACAGUUGAACUCUUUUUACACAUACUGUAUUUCUUCACUUGACAGGUGGCAUUGCUACAAUAUCACAAUGCACUAUUUUUACGUUACAUGUAAGAUAGUACUGUUUUAUUUGUUUUUGUUUUGUUAGAGGGCAGAAUCUAUCAGGUCAACUCAGGGUAUAUAUUGUGAAUUAUACAUUAAGUCAAGUACUCACAGGUGACUGGUUUUCGAUGUGAUGCUAAGGGCUGGGUUUAAGAAGCCAAAUUAAGAAGCACCUCUAUAACUUGAGCAGCUGCAUUAAAUCUGUGAUAUUCGCAAUGGUUCAAAAGGAAGCAGUAACAUAGCAUUAAUGGGUAAACACUGUAUCACCUAACUAUGAAAAUAUUACAGCUUACCUUUUGAAAACACUCAUUGUUAAUAGAAAUGGUAAGCACAGUUAUUUCCCAUUGUUUCCGGCUAGGACUGUUUCAUUCUCAUAAAGUCUAGCCUAAUAGAGUCUAACCUUUGAGGAGGAAGCCCCUUGUCAGUCUUGUUUGAUUGUCUGUGUCCCAUGUAUCAGAACACUUAUUU